CAAGCAACGAUCGUCGGCACCCUCAGCGAAGGAGUUGCCCACUCUUUGAAGAAGAUGUCCGGUUAAGCUCCGGGGAACGGGCUUGAAUCCCGUCGACGACCGACCCCCCCGGCCGACGGCGGCCGGCGUUCGACCGCGGCGGCGAUAAGCCCGGACUCCUCGGCGUGAACGGCCGUUCCCAUGCUGCUCCCUCUGCGGACCGCUCGUCUCUCCCGGCGCUCCUUCUCGUCUUCCCCGCUCUCGAGAUCCGACUACGUUCGCGCUCGCCUCGACUCCAUCCUCUCGAGCCGCGCCCCCUCGCCGUCGUCCCUCCUCCAGUCCCACGGCCUCGUCGUGACGGCCGGGCACUCCGGGAACGCGUUCGUCGCGGCGAAGCUCGUCUCUCUGUACGCGUCUCUCGGCCGACCCACGUGCUCGACCCGGGUGUUCGAUCGUGUUGAGGCGAAGGACGUCUUUCUUUGGAACUCCAUCGUCAAAACCCACUUCUCGAAUGGCGCCUGUUCUCGGGCCAUCGAGUUUUACUCCCGGAUGCGCGCGGCGAAUGAGCUGCCCGACCAGUUUACGAUCCCCAUGGUUGUCGCAGCCUGCGCAGACAUUGGGUCGCUGAAUUACGGGAUGUGGGUCCACGCUUUGGCGUGUAAAUGUGGUCUCUUUGCGGGAAGCUCGGCGGUCGGAUCUUCUUUCGUGUACAUGUAUUCGAAGUGUGGCCAAAUGAUGGAUGCCUCUUUGGUGUUUGAUGAAAUUCGCGUGCGAGAUGUGGUGGCUUGGACCGCACUUUUGAUUGGAUACGUGCAGAAUGGGGAAAAUGAGAAGGCAUUGUGGAGUUUGCGCGAGAUGCUGAGGUUAGGUGGGUUGGAGGAGAGACCCAAUUUUAGAACCAUGGAGGGUGGAUUUCAAGCUUCUGGGAAUAUGGGUGCAGUAUCAGAAGGUCGUUGUCUUCAUGGUUUAGCAGUAAAAAGUGGACUUUUGUGUUGUGAAGUAGUUAAGUGUUCAGCUUUGUCUAUGUACUCGAGAUGUGAUUUCCCUGAAGAUGCUCAUUCAUCUUUUUGUGAGAUUGUCAAUAAGGAUGUUCUCUCAUGGACAUCAGUAAUCAGUGUCUAUGCAAGGUUCGGAUGUAUGGCAGAGUGCUUGUCUUUGUUUCUUCAAAUGCAAUCCAGUGGAACAUAUCCAGAUGGAAUUGUUACCAGUUGCGUACUUUUGGCUUUCGCUAAUACCAUAAGUGUCUCAGAAGGGAGGACGUUUCAUGGCUUGCUUAUACGAAGACAUUCUCUGUUAGUUCAGGAUCAGAUGGUCCACAAUGCGUUAUUGUCCAUGUAUUGCAAGUUCGGGCUCUUAAAUGUUGCUGAAAAGCUUUUUGCCACUAGAGCACAUGAACUUGCAAAAGAGCCGUGGAACAUUAUGGUUUCAGGAUGUGGGAAGUUGGGAAUGGAAGAGAAUUGUAUACUGUACUUUAAGAAUAUGCAACAUCUAGGCAUUGAAUGUGAUUUAGAUUCUUUGGUCUCUGUCAUUUCUUCGUGUUCAAAAUUAGGAGCAACCAAUCUGGGCAAGUCAGUUCAUUGUUAUGCCAUCAGAAGAUCAAUUGAUGGGAAUGCCUCAUUUGCCAAUUCACUCAUAGGUUUCUAUGGUAGGUUGGGUAAUUUGGCAGUUGUACAAAGAAUCUUUUCAAGGAUGAAGAGAGAUACUGUCUCAUGGAACGCUGUAAUAUCAUCUUAUGUUCAUAAUAAGCAUUAUGAAGGUGCCAUUGCCCUUUUUGAUAGAAUGGUAUCAGAGGAGAUGAAGCCUAACUCUGCAACAUUAGUCAGUGUGCUUGCAGCCAGUGCUAAUCUGGCUUCGUCAGAGAAAGGAGAAAGGAUCCACCAGUAUCUGGAGGAAGAAAUGAUUGAAACGAACCUUCCUCUUACAACUGCAUUAGUUCAUAUGUACGCAAAAUGUGGAAAACUUGACAAAGCUCGUGAAUUAUUCGACUUAAUGAACGAGAGGGACAUUAUUUCUUGGAAUGUUAUGAUUUCUGGUUAUGGAAUGCAUGGACAUGCAAAAUCUGCUGUUGAGAUUUUCCAGCUGAUGGAGAACUCAAAGGUUAGACCAAACGCACUCACUUUUCUUGGACUUCUGUCAGCCUGUGCACAUGCAGGUCUUGUUGAAGAAGGGAAGCGUCUCUUUUCUAGAAUGCAACAUUAUUCCAUUGAACCCAACGUAAAGCACUAUACUUGCAUGGUAGAUCUUCUCAGCAAGUCUGGUGAUCUGCAAGGAGCUGAAGAGUUGGUUCUUUCAAUGCCUGUGCGACCUGAUGGCGGUGUAUGGGGGGCUCUAUUAAGUGCUUGUGCCAUCCAUGAAAAACUGGAGGUCGGAAUGAGAGUUGCAAACCGUGCAAUUCAAUCUGAACCAGAUAAUGAUGGAUAUUACGUGUUGCUUUCUAAUAUGUGUAGUUCUAUGGGGAGAUGGGAAGAGGCGGAGAUGGUCAGGAAAAUGAUGAAAGGUGGGGGCGUGCAGAAGCAAGCAGCCUGGAGUGCAACAUAAUUGACUAGAUCUUCUUGCGAGUAUCUUGCUCUUUCAGAUGAAACAAGCCAUGACCGCUUGCAAGUAUAUUGCUUGCACAAUUACAGGAGAGCUAUGUCAGUGUACGUUUUGAGCAUGGGGGAGCCAGAUCCCUCUUUAUCAGACAUCACUGGUCCAGGGGCUGAUGAGAUCAUCAAAGUCGAUUGAGUUGGGAUCUGAAGUUUGCUUUGCAUUUGGCUUACGGUGAGAAUUGCUGUCGCUUUGUGCUGGCAACUUUAUCAACUGACAAAUAGUUUCAUCUUAAGAAAGAAUUCAAGAUUGUUUUAUUUUCUUUUUCCCUUUGGCAUAAAAAUGAUAGCUCAUCUUGCUUUCACUUACUAUGGUGGGGAGAAUGGUGAUGGCGGUGGUUUAGGAGUGAUCUUUGGUUUUGGGAGUAUGAUGCUGGAAGGUUAAAGGUAAUUUCUGCAAUUUUAUGCAUGUUGAUGCAUGUGCACAAUUGACAUGGCUGCUGGGUUCAUAGCACAAGUGGAAUUUUAAAUAGAAAUAAGACCCUGCUGAAGACUGAAUAAUUUGCUUAUAAAUAGACUUUAUCGUACUCCACCAGGAUCAUAGUUAUUAGAAUACUCAACUUAGCACAUAAGAAUACCGCCGAAUCAACCAUUUACUGAGCUAAAUGAAGCAUAAUUAGUUUGGCAUGAUAGCAAUUUCUUUGUAAUCUUAUUCGUUAUAAUAUCCAGUAUGUUUUGCAUCGACUGAUGCUUAUUUUCUAGCUCAGAGAAUCAAGGAAUUUCGAAGUGAUGAAAUGGAUGCCAUGCUGCAAUUGUUGUCAUUGGCAGCUGAAGCUGAUUUCUAACCUGACCAUGGUGCUUCCUUUGUCUGUCAGUGAGUGAACUUGCCAAUCUCAAGCCAGCCACCAUCAUGUUGCGAUCUUCCCCGCAGUUUUACCUGGUGCUCUCCCCAAGCAAUUACAAUUAUCUUGAAUCAAGCAGAUGUAAUCUGACCAGAAGCAAACAAAUGGCUAUGGAGAAUGCGAGCAGCAGGAGAACUUAAUGUGCCACAGUCAUCGGCCAGUUGAGAUGCUGAUCAAGUUAUUCAGUUGACUGUAUUAUCUCCAUAUUUAUAAGUUCCCGGCGAUGCUAAGACUCCUCCAUAUCUUCAGAUGGCUUGGCCCGAGCUCAACACGGCAAAGUCGUUGCACAGAAUGCUCGAAGCUUGGUCGGCUGAAGAUGAGAUUUGUCUGUGCACUCUCCAUUCAGGGUGAGUGUUUUGGUUGGUGGCCCUUUGAACUUUUGCAUCUGGGAAAUGUCAAAACGCUGAGUCUCUCCAUAACAAACUAAUUUAGUCGUUGCCUAGAACUAUUCUUGUGGUAUUAUUUUUAAUUUUUAGAGAAGAAGAGGGACUAUUGACAUGUGGAAUGGGACAUAUGACAUCGACUUUAUUUUUAUUUUUUUGCUCCUAUUUAUUGCAAAUUUGUGUUUUCUC